CUGGAAACUGUCAGCUGUUAGUAACGAGAGCUCAACCACUUGAAGGUUGAUCUUCAGGAUACUUACAAUAAGGUUGUCAGGUGCAAAGGGCAAGAUGAAAAGACUCCAGCACCCUCAGAGUUUGGUGUUCAUCACUGCACUGUUGUCUUUUGCGAUGGCUUCCAGUACAUCUCAGCCGUUGCAGAAGAUCCUGGACUGUCAUAAGGGAUGUAACUGCAGCCAGUCCAAACUGAUUGAAAUGCGAUGCAGAGGAUUAAACUUAACAGGGAAGCCAUUGCCAGCGCCCCCACGACAGUCCCACAGUUUCAAUACAAGCAUUUAUCUGGAGAAUGGAACAAUUCCUGUACUCUCCAACAACACCCUACAGGAGUAUCAUCGGUAUCAGAUUGUCUAUCUCAGUCUGAAAAAUAACACAAUGGUAUACAUAGACAGGAAUGCCUUCAGCAGCUUAAAGCAUUUGCAGACGCUUGACCUGUCAGAGAACUUCAUUGCCGAAGAUGGUCUCAAGGAAUCGUUUCUCGGAAUGGCCAAGACGCCAAUCAAACAACUGAACAUUAGUUCUAUGAAUCUUACGAAUGUUUCUGAUGAUUUCUUUAAACAUUUAGAAAAUGUUACAAACUUUCGACUUAUAUUUCGAAACAACACUAGUGAAUUCCCACUGAAUGCUCUCCAAGGACUAAGACAAAUGACCAGUCUCGACUUUGGUGGAAAUCGUUUAAAGGACAUAGAUCUGAGGAACGCCAGCUUUACCACUCUCCAAAGUCUUACAUUUGAUAACAAUCGCUUCUAUGAGUUUCCUAAUUUUUGCAGCAGUAAUACUUUCCCAAGUCUUAAAAACCUGUCUGUUCAGUGGAAUGGUAUGAGAUAUUUAGACAGAAACUAUUAUAGCUGUUUAAAAAAUCUCACUCGCUUCCACUUAAAUGGUAAUCUUUUUCCAGAAUUAAAGUCAAAUCAAUUUUCGAUGUUGCCAAGCAUCUUCAAAAUCACAUUGUCUUAUGUUGCGUGUGCAAUGCACACUAUAGAAAGAGCCGUGUUUAAUAAUUCGGCACUGAAACAAAUAUUCUUUCGCAAGAAUCGUAUUUGGUUCAGAGAAGCUGAGAUAGACAUGCGGGUUUUUGAAGGAUGUUCUUCUUUGGAACUUUUGAUCUCAAUGAUAAUGUUUUCCAAGUAA